AAUAUUGGUGAACUUGAUGCUCCAAAGCAUUUUUUCUAAUGACUGAGUCAACGACGCGAGACUUCAUAUCGCAAUGGCCCUAUGAUCACGCCCAGGGCUACGACGAAUCAACAAUGCAGUGGCGUGGUGUGGAUCGAGUAGCAGAGCAGAUACGACAGCGAGAAGAACGUCAUCUAGAUGAAGAUUUCGCCACGAUGGAUUUUGAAACGCGAGCUGCUACGCUAGAAGCUCAUUUUUUCCAAACACUUCGACGCUCAAGCGGCCGUAAGUCUCCAGUAGGCGCUCGACCAGUAACAAGAAUCCGUCCCCAGUCAGCUUCUCAUACACGUCGCGUAACAGAAAACAACAGGCCAGCCAAUAGCAGAGUGAGACCUCAGUCAGCCAAGACAAGAUCAGAGGUGCCUUGCAGUGUAAAUGUAGUCCAGAAUCAAAAUCGUGUCGUGUGGAAGUCUGUCGCUCAACAAAAUCCCUCCAAAUGGCGAGAAAUGCUGGAGCGAGGGCCGGAAUUCGAACAACUAAAUCUGCGAAGGUUGGAGCUAGAAACGUACGAGUUGCUGUACAACACCCUUCAAGUGGUCGAAUCAAAAGCCACGACUCGGAGGCGAAAGAGGCAGAACAGCGCCGCUAUCGCUGGUAAAGCUCAAGACUGCAGCCCAACACUGGCCUGUGGAAGUGGACUUCACUUAGCACGCAGUCGGAAAAGGCGGCAGCAAGAACAUGAUCGCCAGAUGAUGUUAGGCAAGGGUCGAGAGUCGUCGCGUGCAGACAGAUCAGAAGACAAUCGAGCUAUUCAAGAUAAAACACGAACUCGGAGCAAGCUGGUCAAUAAGAAGAAAGCUGAGAAGCAGCGUCUGGAGUCCCAGCAUACAAGUCAAACCUCCGCGCAGCAAAGGGCACCAAAAUUUCCGCAUCAAAAGCGGUCGACGAGGGGUCCAUGGAUACCAUCAGGUUUAUCGAAAUCACUAGGGAAAUCCUUCGAGACAUGCGAGAAACAAAUGUCAAUGGAGAAGCGAGUUGCUGAAGUCCUUGCUGCGUUUCGAAGGCAAGCAGACACACACUUACGCUCGUCCAGAAAUGUGCAAAACCAGUUGAAGGCACAGCAGUCUGCUAGGGAAAGAAGACCUAGGAAGACGGACCUGCCACUGGAUAACUCUACUGUAGCCAAGCCUCAUGUAGCUUCUACACGUUCAAAGUCGGCCAAUGCUACGAUGUCAAGACAAACGUCUAGCAGGUCGAGCAGUUCUGAUAAACAGCUCCAGAGGAACUGCAGCAAUCAGGAUACGGAGGAGCCUGCUGCUGUUGAAGUGCAAAGCCCAAGAUCCGCCCAAUGUGCACUACAAUCACCAGGUUAUGGAAACGAGAACUUGCCAAGUGGAUCGCUUGCCACCUUAACAUUGGUAAUUCCUCCACUGAAACUACUCCCUCAUCUAUGGGAAGACCAGCAGACACACGACAGCGUCGACAGUGCUUCUUCUGAUCUACCAGUGCAAAAUAAGAUGGUGGGCACUUCUAGUGAACCUACAGUUCAAUAUCUGGAGCUUGGUGUUGCCUGUGAAGAUUAUCCGGAGUCAUUCGUUCAAUCCGGAGCUAGUGCACACGCGACGGCUGUAGCAGAAUCGAAGACGAGUAACAUGGCACCAGCGAAUUGUGACUUGAUGUUGGUCACCUCAGCCGAGUUACACGUUGCAAAUGAUUUGGAUGCCGAUGUAAACGAAGCAAGUUGCACAAACCAAGACAGCGAUGUGAGUCCUAUUGGAUCGACCAAUGAAGAAAUCUCUCACGAAGAACAGAAAGAGGAAAGCACUGGGCGACAAGACAGUGACAUCAUCGAAGAGGAACACGUUGCCGAAAGUCUCAUCGAACGAGCUAGUACUGGAUCAUCGCCAGAGGAUACAGAGCCUUCACCAACCGCAUUUGGAUACGAAUUAUCAGAAGAGGAAUCUCCCAUCGUCUCCUGUGGAACGAACUGUGUCAGUAGGAAUAACCUGCCAGACGUUGAGAAGGAUGACUAUAUGAAUCUCUUGAGUGAUAGGGAUAUGUUCCAUGGUGAAACGGAUGCGUGUGGUGAGGAAGGCGCUCAAGUGAACGAAGAGCGAAUCCUUGUGGAAGGAUCGAUGAGUCCGCGACAAGAGACCAGCACUGGUUUGUCAGUACAUGCAGAUGUAAACGUGACAGUAUCCCAGCCCGCAGAGACGGAAGCAUUUGCACUGAAGGAGUCGGUUUUGGAUUUGAAUGACUCUGACGUUGGUACGAGUGUUGAAAGUGAUACUAAAGGUGGCGAACAAUUGGUGACUGUAAGGUACGUCGUAAAUGAAAGUCCGAGCAGCAGAAUUGAAGUGGCUGGACUGGGUGGCAAAACGAAUAGCGCCGACGUUGACAAAUUCGAUAUUUUGGUUGAGAUUAGUCCUCAAGCAGCAACCGACAGUGAUAUCCUGCCCUACGUUGGAGACAGUGAACGUGGCUUGAGUGGAAAUACGAUUAUCGAACCCGCCAAUAUGGUAGAUGAAGCGGAUUCGUCCUUGUCAUUCAUGCGAUCAGAGCAAAGCGUUUGCGGUUACGAGACUUUAACGUAUCAAGAAAUGGUUUUGAGAGAUGAAAAGGAGGGAAUCAAGACGGCUUCUAUCAGUUCUGACUAUCUUGUGGAAAGUAAAGGAAAUGAAAGUGCCUAUGAAGGCAGUAAUAGCUCGGCUAUGACGAUGAGCGGAAGCCAAUACGAUCAAAGCACUGACGGACCGUUGGAUCCAUCCCUUCUUACAGACUCAAAGACUCUGUUGCUGGAUCGAUCGAUUUCUAUGGAGUCUGGUGAAACUCUUCUUCUUCUUACGACAGAUGCAGGUGCCAUUGAUCAAGCCAGGAUGAUACCACAACUCGCCACCAGUGAGGCUACAGACAGGCUCGAUCGAAAUGACUGCGUUCGUGAUUUACAGUCUCCAGAGACGAACAGAAAUCACUCCGAGUCAGACACAGGUGAUGAACAGCGAGAUGUCGAAUACUUCAUAUAUAAUAAUACGGUCUCAUCAAAUCUGCUCAGUCUUGCCAUGGAAACGCUGACCGACACAGCAACUACUACUAGCACAAUGCUCGCAGACCAUAAAAUAAUUGAGAUGGAGUUGACAACUGAACAUGCUACUGUGCACAGUACCAGUCCGAGUGCAAAGAGCGAACCUCGAUCGCCAAAGAAGACAAAAAUUAGCAAGUCCAAUGCAACCCAGAAGGAGCCUACGAUGACCGUAACUAAUGGAGAGACCGCUAUUGCUACGCCUCCGCCACCGCAAGACUCGUCGCCACAGUCUCAACACGGCACUGGUGAUCUACAAAAGGAAGACCCUUUUUGGUUGCAUCAACAAGCAGUAACCCGUUCAUUCUUACAGCGAGUUUCAUCGCGUAAACUUGCCGAAGAAAACUUGGAUUCCAUUCACUCGCAAUCAUGUCAAGAGCAAGUUGAACGUGACAACCAGCUAAGAUCAACAGUGCGGGUAUCCGUUGCUGCCGUCGUGGAUGCUGAGACUCUACUUGGACAAAACGAAAAUCCCGUAAAGGAGCGAGAAAGCAUUGACGGGGACGCUGUCUCGCCCCUGAAACGCGAAUGCUCUGAAGCAUUGAACGACUGCCACUCGACCGUAGAAAAAUAUCCUCAAGUACUAGUAACAGAAGCUGCUACGUUAGACCUCGCUACUACAUCACCCACCGAAAAUGAUACGAGGGUGGAUGAUGGCUCAACUUCCACGUCAGUGAUGACGGAUACAUGUCCUGACGCAAAGCCAGCGCAGGUGAACUCGGUUGACCGAGCACAAUGGAAAGAGGAACCUGAUGCGAGUCAGUUAAGCGGAGGUGAACAGGAAGCGUCAACGCAAGAACGACCACAACUUUCAUUGACAUUCAACACCCUCGCACCCCUGACCGAAAAGUUUGAUCAAGACCCCACUCAACCGUGGACCGAACACCACAACGCGGCUCGCAAGAUUCAGUCUCUGUAUCGAUGCUUUGUGCGUCGUCAACUAAUUCUCGAUCAACUGCGCUUCAUGGUAGCGAAGAAGCGCCGUCAAACACGGAGGAAGACUCGCCAGAAGAUUAAGAAGACCCGGGCAGCAGAUGCGGUGGGUAGUGGCCUCGAGCACGAGAGUUCAGUGGCAGGAAUAAGAGUGGAUGCGGAUAACGUCGAAAACCUGUUGGAUGAGGUGCAGCACGUUGCUCCAGCAUCAGUGAGCUGUGCAAUAGGCUUGAAUUUGACACCGGAGCUGCAUUCCAGCGAGAUUCCGGAGCCGAUCGAGAGAAUUGGACCCCCAAAAGGCUCGAGUGAAUUUGCGGUCGAACUUUUUGAUGAUUCUGCAGAAGUGAAUGGAGACAUGCUAGGGGCUACUACCGAUCUAGAAAACCCUGCCUCUGAAAACUAUGUGGUCAACAGUCCCAACUAUACUACCAGUUUUGAGCUGCCACUAGUAGAGGAAGUUGUUUCGCACCACCAACCUACGCUUCUGCCUAGCGAAAACACUGAAGUUGGGCCGAGUAAUAACAAACUGGCAGCCGCGUCUGUGGAUACCGCAAUCGACUCUGAAAGCGCUGCGAUGCAACCGCGUUGGGAUCGCUAUGUGGACAGCACGACUAGCAAGUCGUUCUACUACAACCCCGUCACGAACGAGACGCAGUGGACAGCCCCAGACCACACUGCCAUAAAUUCGGCAGACGCAGCGGCAGCGACGGCAACAGACGCUGUCGUCUCGCCAAGCGGGCAGGACGCGCUCACACGGGUCACAUGGCAGGAGUUUUUGGACGAGGCGUCCGGGCAGCUGUAUUACUACAACACCAAGACCGGCGAAUGUUCGUGGGAGCCGCCGAGUGGCGAUUCUCCUGAAGUCGUGGAGUCGCUGCAAUCCGUUGCAACAGCUGAAAGCGCGGCAAUUGGCGUGAGCUCGUGGGUCAUGUACGUUGAUCCGGCUAGCCAAGCGCCAUACUACGUGAACGUCGAGACGCUGGCCACGAGCUGGGAGGCGCCCGAUAGUUUUACCGUGGCAGCAGCAGCAGCGGAGCCCAACGUGACGGCUACCGCCAAUGAAGAUUCCUAUGUCAUUGAUGAUCAUGUUGCACUAGAGAUCUGAUAACUACAACAAUGGACAUCACAUCGUCGCUCCCUUUUCUGUAUCGUGUCGACGAAGGACGACGCGGUAUGAUAUCCGCGUAUGUGUCCUCGCGCGUUGAUGUCUUAUUUGUUCAGCUGUUGGUCACGUGCUAGCCAAGCGCUUGGCGAGCAGCGUCUGGAAGUCCUGGUUUUGGAAAGCCCCUCGAGCCGGGUGAGCUGCUGGCAAUCGAGGUCACAUGGCUGUUAUCCUGUUGGUGGGGUGGCGACACGGCGCCAACCGCCGCCUGCAGGACGUGAAUGUUCCUGAGAGAAAGGUGUGAAGCACAUUGUGCGGUCGUGUGAGGUGCACCGCAGCCGUGGCGCGACUAUGGCCCGAUCUCGGUUGGUAACGCGCCACCUGCCUUUAGGUCUACCGAAAGCGCCACAACGCGUAGGCAGAUGAAGCUUGUGUGGGUCUCCAGCAACGGUAGAGAGCUGCUUGGAAGCUCAUUGUCCAGCAAACCGCGAAAUAAGAAGUUAUGACAACG